AUGUAAAUUCGUUAAGAGUAAUUAUAUAUAAUCAUUUAAGACCAGAUCUUGAUUGUGAAUCAAUUAAAAAUGCACUCAGAACUAUUAAUUAAAGACUUAAUUAUUUGUAGAAAUUAAUUCCACCUGAAAUACCUAUUGAAAAGGAUCCAAAAAUACCUAAAUUGAAUUUAAAAAAAAUAGGAAUAAUUUAAGAUGAAAAUAAAUAAAUCUAAAAAAAAGUAUAGACUAAUUUUGGAACUAAUAAUCAGAAAUUAAUAGAAUAAUAAAAUAAAGUUCCAUUUAAAAUGAGAAGUUAAUCAUUCAAUCAUUAAAAUGGAUCAGCAUUGCUUGAUUAAAAUUUUAAGAAUAUAAAUCCUUAACCUCUUUAGAAUGUUUAUACUUAGAUAAAUAAAACCUAAAUUAUAGAUGAAUUUGAUAUUUAAAAAAGAAGUUAAGAAAUACUUAAAAACUCUAAUAUCAAUAAUGAAAAUCUUUAAUUUUAAUAUCAUCUAUAAAAACAACCAAUAAAUUAUGCUUAGCUUAAAGAAUAGUAGGUUAUUACUUAGUAAUCAAAGAUAAAUACAACUCCAGUAAAAAUUAUAACUAAAAAAUCUUAACCUAAUCCAUAAAUUAAUCAAAUUCAAUAUUAGAAUCCUGUUAUUUAUCAAUAAUUAUAAAUGUAGUAACCUAGUUAAUAAUAUGUUAAGUAUUAAAUAAAUAAGAUUUUAGGGUCAUAUAAAAUUAUGAAUCUUCAAACGGCCCAAUACUAUAAUAUAGAUACUCUCAACAUUAGAACUCUAGAUCAUCAUCAUUUCAUAACUUAGAAAACUAUCAAAUUGAAAAAAAAAUAUGA